CCUCUUCUAUUUCUCUCUCUACACUUGGAAAUACAUAAAUGUGAAACCUUUCAUUCGGAGAGCGAUGGAGGCCACCACCUUCUGCCUUCAGGUGAAGGUGGCUCAAAGAUAUUGCUGAAUGAAGUGCUCCCAUUGACUCCAUUGAUAAGAGAGAAACAGAUAGGGGGGAGAGAGAGAGAGAGAGAUGGGUCAAGGGUUGAGUUGCAGAGAGAGUGACGAACAUGGGCUGUUCCGAGCCGUACAGUUUGGGGAGCUGGACACCGUGGAAUCUGUGUUAGAGAGAGACCCAACUCUCCUCCGCCACUCCACCGUCUACGACCGCCACUCUGCUCUUCAUAUCGCCGCCGCGAACGGCCAGAUCGAGAUUCUUUCUAUGCUGUUAGAACGAUCUGUGAAUCCAGAUGCGUUAAAUCGUCACAAGCAGACUCCAUUGAUGUUGGCUGCAAUGCAUGGCAAGAUCUCCUGCGUGCAAAAGCUUCUUGACGCAGGAGCAAACGUAUUGAUGUUUGAUUCCCUUAAUGGAAGAACCUGCUUGCAUUACGCCGCUUACUAUGGCCAUUCCGAUUGCCUUCAAGCUAUUGUUUCUGCUGCUCAUUCGAGUCCUGUUUCUGUUUCCUGGGGAUUUGCACGAUUUAUAAAUAUUAGGGAUGGUAGAGGAGCAACACCGUUGCAUUUGGCAGCACGUCGAAGUAGGCCUGAAUGUGUACGUAUUCUGUUAGACAACGGGGCUCUUGUUUCUGCUUCAACGGGUGGUUAUGGCUGUCCUGGGAGCACUCCACUUCAUUUGGCGGCUAGAGGGGGAUCUCUGGAUUGCAUACGCGGAUUGUUGGCAUGGGGUGCAGAUCGUGUUCAAAGAGAUUCAUCCGGGAGAAUACCAUACAUGGUUGCUUUGAAGCACAAACACGGAGCUUGUGCGGCCAUGCUAAAUCCUUCAUCAGCUGAGCCUCUUGUGUGGCCAGCACCUUUAAAGUUUAUUAGUGAGCUUAAUCAUGAAACAAAAGCUCUGCUAGAACAGGCCUUAAUGGAGGCAAACCGGGAGAGGGAGAAGAACAUCUUGAAAGGAACCGUUUACUCACUUCCAUCUCCGUCACAUUCUGAUACAGGCAUGGAUGACAAUAUAUCUGUGGAAAGCGAUUUAGAUCUAUGCUGCAUAUGCUUUGAGCAGGUGUGUACAAUUGAAGUCCAGAACUGCGGUCACCAAAUGUGUGCACAAUGCACUCUAGCCCUCUGCUGCCACAACAAGCCUAACCCAACUACAUUGUGCCUAACGCCACCAGUUUGCCCAUUCUGCCGAAGCCCCAUUGCCCAUCUGCUAGUUGCAAAGAUCAAAAGUUGCGAUGAUGGUGAUCAUGACACCGCAGAUAACAAUUCCUCCAAGCUAAGAAAGGCAAGGAGGUCCCGAAACUUCAGUGAGGGCAGCAGCAGCUUCAAGGGCUUAUCGGCACUCGUCUUUGGGAAGAUGGGCGGCCGUGGCUCAGGCAUUAUUGCUGAAAAUGAAUGGGUUGACAAACCUUGACGUGUUUCGGCAUUUGGCAAUCGAAAAGAUUCCGUAUUGUCAUUCGAGGAUUCGUCGCUUUCAUGUAAGUGAAGCGAGAAGAAUCCGAGGAGCUGCUGUGUACAGAUAAAAAGUCCCAUGUGUUGUGUAGUUUUGGAAAAUAAGCAAAGUGAGUUGCAGGCAAUUGGGUUAGGGUUACAUGUGUUGUUGGUCAGGUUAAAUUUGUUUACUUGAGGUUCAAGGAACUUAUUAGUUGGUGAUUUGAGAGUCUGUUAGGUAUCUGAACUGGGAAGAAAAACAAAAAAAAGGGGGAAAAAAAAAGGAAGAAAUUAUUUUUCUUAGUUGAAAAUUCAAAAUUCUUGAAUGGCUGCUGCUCUACCUGGACAGCGACACAAAAAAGAACCAUUGGAAAGAGUGAAGGAUACGUUGUGUGCUUUUGACCCCCACCAAGCUCUCCUCUUUCCUAGUGAGAAAUGUAAUAUUAUUUUAUUUUGAUUUUUCUUGUGGCAAGAUUGAAUUAUUUAUAUGUAGUUUGUGUGUAGAAAUGGAGAAUUUUUUUUUUGUGUA